AUGACAGACGAAACCAGGAAGGGUUUUCGUUACACAAGGCGGAAGCACAUUAUUUUUUACUCAGCCCGUAAGCGUUUAGGCAGAAAAAGGACAAAAGACAGUCACAGAGGAACAACACUGACACCAGUCCCGGAGUGGAGGUUGUUUUUCGUUGCUGGUAAACUGGGUUGCUCCAUCUCGGUCCAGUUCUUCCCACCAGAAGACUGAUCCUUGACUUCGCUCACCAUCAGUGCCUGUGUGUUCAGGGUUCGUCCCUGUCGAGAGAGUCGAUAGUCUCCGCCCCAUAUCACAGGCCGUCUCCAUCCUUCACAGCCUCCGUCUCUGUCAAUGGCUGGGCGUGGUGGAGGAGCAUCCAGGCCUAAUGGCGCCACAGCAGCAAACAAAAUCUGCCAGUUCAAACUGGUGCUGCUGGGGGAGUCGGCGGUGGGCAAGUCCAGCUUAGUGCUGCGUUUCGUCAAAGGCCAGUUCCAUGAAUUCCAGGAGAGUACCAUUGGAGCUGCCUUCCUCACCCAGACGGUCUGUCUGGACGACACCACAGUGAAGUUUGAGAUCUGGGACACGGCGGGUCAAGAGCGCUAUCACAGCCUGGCUCCAAUGUACUACAGAGGAGCACAGGCAGCCAUCGUGGUCUACGACAUUACCAACACAGAUACUUUCGUACGAGCGAAAAACUGGGUGAAGGAGCUGCAGAGACAAGCCAGUCCCAACAUCGUGAUCGCUCUGGCAGGCAACAAGGCGGACAUCGCAAAUAAGAGAGCUGUGGAGCUGCAGGAGGCACAAGUGUACGCUGAUGACAACAGUCUACUCUUCAUGGAGACCUCGGCCAAGACUGCCAUGAACGUCAAUGAAAUUUUUAUGGCCAUUGCUAAGAAGCUACCAAAGAAUGAAGCUCAGGGUGGAGCUGGACAAGGUGGACGAACCCGGACGGGAGUGGAUCUACAGGAAGCUGCCCCUCAGAGCCGCAGCAGCCAGUGCUGUGGUGGUGGCGGCGGCGGCGGCAAUUAGCAAGUACAAACAAAACAAUGAACUUAGUGAGCGAGCCCUGAACAUUGUUUAAAGGACAACAUGUAGCUAAACCCAGAGAGGCAGGAGAGAGCAGAGCCACUCGCCACUCCCGCACUUAAACUGAGAUUACAGAUGAGAUUAUCUGGUUCCCUUUUUAAUAAAGGAACAUUUUUUAAAAAGAAUCAUAAGCUAGAGGGAUUUCCCAAGAUCCCUCACUACUUCUCUUCUGUCUUUCCCCUGUUUAUCUAUCUACCUCCCUGUUCCCCUUCAGCCUCUGUCUCAGAUGAUUGAGUCCUGUCUUAAAUCAAAUCUCUUUUGAGGGGUGAUAUUGAGGGUUUUUUGCCAUUUUCCUUAAUUAAGUGUGUUUUUUAUGUUAUGUUUGUGUAUAUAGUAUAUACAUAUAUGCACAUAUAUAUAAAUUGGCAGUUGUUAACCUCUCUACUUCUAUCAUUUCUUUAAUCAUCAUUGUGAAAAAUACGGAUACCCAAUUAUUGUUAAUGCUGAAAUUGCAAAAGGCAGAGCGAUCAACCUUGUUGUCUUAUUGCAAUUUAGACCAGAGCAUUUUGUUGUUCUUUUUAGGGACCUGGACGUGACACAGUUGUAAAGAAGGACGUUGCUUAUUGAAGCGGGUCUCCAUUUAGCAGGCAACACAUCUGAAGAUGUUUCUGAAGUGUGCAACUAAUGCAGUUGUUUGCAUUCAUCGUGUAUUGAUAUCUGUAACACCAGAAAGUCGUUGGCCUUUUUUAAAAUAAAUAAUGAGAUGUGAGAAUAACUUGUAAAUCUAAAUAGUAAUAAAUAUCUUGCAAGAUUCAUUUUGUUUUGCUUGUUCUGAGUGUG